UUUUCAAGUCCAAGAAUUUUGUUUUUCUUUUAAUUCAGACUGCGUACAAUUGUGUUCGAUAUAUUAAUAAUUAAAGAUCUAAAUUGUAUUUUGGCCAAACUUAUCGUAAUCGAUGAAAGUUAAAGAUCAUUGGUGUGACCGACGGGAUCUAUCCGUGGCAGGAUCAGCGCGAGGCUUCACGAGGUGUUCUUUUCGAAUUGCAGAUCGAAUAUAAGUGCGCGCGUGUGGUUCGUGUGUGUGUACAUGUGCCAUCAUCACCACCGUCCGCAGUAGUAACGGAAAAGAAGAGGGCUCGACCCACAGUGGCCGGAACCAUCAAAAAAUGGAUGCGACGCCGCAGCGAGUUAUUUUUGGUUUACUUUUAUUCGCCCUCGCCACGUUACACCUUGGUUAUGCCAGAAACGGUCCCAAUUAUUAUGGCAAAUUAAUUGGAACCUUACAAGAAUACGCACAUGGCAUUAAAGGUAAAGUGUAUGCCGUUGACGAUGCAACGAUAUUUAUAAAAGGAUUUUGUUAUGACGGCACCGGCCCGGAUGCUUAUUUCUGGGUUGGAAACACUUCCCAGCCUAAUCCCGAAGGUUACAUUGUACCUUAUCCCGAAACUGAUAAGGACAGCGACCCACAAGUAUUGGAGGCGUACAACUACACAGAUAUUAUCCUGAGGCUACCCGGUGGAAAACGCAUUCGAGACAUCAAAUGGCUGAGCGUUUGGUGUAGAAGAUUUACAGUCGAUUUUGGUGACGUUUUCAUACCGCCUGACCUGAAGGUACCGAAAUUGCAAGUACUUCCUGAAUUUUCGAGAUUGGCGCACGGCCUUCGCAGUGGCAACAUCAGUAUUCUAGACAGCAAAACGAUCUACAUUCCAAAUUUGCAUUAUGAUGGUGGCGGACCAGACGCUUAUUUCUGGGUAGGCAAUGGCUCAGAACCCAGUCGCUUUGGUAUCAAAGUUCCCAAUGAAGUGGGCAGUUUGGCACCAUUAAGAGGAUAUCAAGGAGAGGACAUUGAGAUCGUCUUGCCAGGGAACUUGACAGUGUACGACAUCAACUGGCUCGCGGUGUGGUGCGUUGAAUACAGACACAAUUUCGGGCAUGUUCUAAUUCCAAAGGACCUCGACGUUCCUCCAGCUCUCGGCCAGACGAAAAUUACGCCGCCGUGGUGGUACAAUCCAACGAGCAGCACACCGACACCUAAGCAAGUGAGCAACUGUAAGGAGAUGCUGAACGGUCGUGUUCAAGUGCAAUGGCAAUUGAUAGGCGAGGACGUGCAGAUUCGGAUUUCGGGGCGUAUCAAGGAGGACGAAUACGUGGCAUUCGGAUUGUCGGGUCAGGACGGUACGGCCCAGAUGAUUGGCGGUGAUGUCGUCGUGAUCGGAUAUAAAAAAACGGGCAAGUUUAUCGCCGAGGAUUACUACAUGACAGCCCUAGCUCAGUGCGACGGCAGGAGGGGCGUAUGCCCGGAUCGGAGGAUUGGUGGUAGAAAUGACGCAGUGUUCGUGCACGGAGAACGAAAAAACGGCGUGACGACAGUUACGUAUACGCGUCCGCUGAGGACCAACGAGCCAGAAAAGGACAGGAUGAUUCCGGAAAGAGAAACGAGCGUGAUCGCUGCCAUAGGACCUCUGAACUCAUUGGGUGAGGCCAAUGCUCAUGAGAGAUUCGAUAAGACCACCGAGGAUAUUCGUAUUGAUUUCACGUCAAGAAAUGUUCACGAAUGUACAAAUUCCUUAUAUAAUAUUCCGGAUGCGCCUGAAGUCGAACCUUGGGUACCGGCUGUUAUCACCGAUAAAACUGAAUUUAGUGCAAGAAUUGGGCCGACAGGUUCGAAAAAAGGCUAUGCACGAAUCACAGGUUCACCCUCUUGGGGUAUCGCAUGGUAUAUCAAUGAUUUGCUAAUUCCGGAGAUCACCGUCGAGCGAGGACAAACUUAUACCUUUAUUGUGGAGGGUGGGAAAGAUUCUACUAAUCCUGCUAGGUACCAUCCAUUCUAUAUAACUGAGAGUUCGGAGGGUGGUCUCGGACAAAAGGAAAUAGACAAACAAUCGACGGAAAAAGUAUUCGCUGGCGUAGAAUUUGAUUCCAAUGGAUAUAUGAGACCAACUGCAGCUGGCCGUUAUUGCGAAUGGGUCCGUACUACAGUGGAUAAUGCAGAUAAUUACAAAACGUUUAAGAGCUUUUUCGAAACGCUCGAACUCAAGUGUGACAAGGGCGAGCCUGCCAAGCUCAUAUGGACCGUGGACGAAAACACGCCGGACUUAGUUUACUAUCAGUGUUUCACGCACAAACAUUUGGGCUGGAAAAUUCAUGUCGUCGAUGCGGGAUACCAAUCACAGAACAACAUUAACGGUGUACGUCAAAUGUCGCCUACGUUUACGACAUUUGUGAUGUCCAUAAUCGCGCUUCUUUUAUUGACAAGAUGAAUCAUUGCAUUUCCUCCUUUCAACGCGGAACAAGAAAUAGCAGAAGACAAAGACGAUGACGAAAACUGAUCGAUUUAAGAUGAUCACAAAAACUACACUAUACGCAGGAUUGUUAAAUCGGCGAAACCCAUACAAGGUUGUAAGAAAGUAUUUAGUAUGUAAGAUCUACUUGUAAGGUAAGAGAUUAGCAAAAUAUUUUUAAGACUUAUCAGAUUCAA